AUGUCGACUCCAGAGCCCAACAUGGGCGUAGCAGACUGGAGGCAACUUGCCCUCUCGAAACGCGUCUCGACGUUUAACAAAAUCCCCCAUGAAUGGCUUCUCCCUAUCGAACAAGCCUCGCAAUACACCGAGACGAAUGCCAUCAGCGUGCUAGACGUACCACGGUCGUGUGGCAUCCUGACCCAGCAAGAGCUGGACAUUACAGAGAACUACGAUGCCACUGAGCUCGUUCAGCAUAUGGCCAGCGGUAAGCUAACCAGUGUGGACGUCGUUACGGCGUUCUGCAAGCGCGCCGCCAUCGCCCACCAAACCACGAACUGCCUGACGGAAAUUAUGUUCUCGGAAGCCCUCGCGCGAGCCCACGAAUGUGAUUCCCAUCUCGAGAAGACGGGCGAAACCCUUGGCCCGCUGCACGGCCUGCCCAUCUCGCUCAAAGAUUCGUUCAACGUCAAAGGUGUCCAGAGCACAAUCGGCUAUGUCUCUUUCAUUGCUCACCCGCCCGCGACCACCAACUCGGCCGUGGUACAGAUCCUCUUUGAUCUUGGCGCAGUCUUCUUCGUGAAGACCAACCUCCCGCAAACCAUGAUGACAGCAGACAGCCACAACAACGUGUUUGGACGCACCUUGAACCCUCACAAUCUGUCUCGCACUGCGGGCGGCAGUACAGGUGGCGAGGGCGCACUCAUCGCGAUGAAGGGAAGCGUGCUGGGCGUCGCCACUGACAUUGCAGGCUCGAACCGCAUCCCCGCGCUCUGCUGCGGAAUAAGCAGCAUCAAGCCCACGGCAUCGCGUGUCCCUUUUGCAGGCGGUGCGCCACCCGGACGUCUGGGGAGUCCGGGGCAGAUUCUGCUGGCGAUAGGACCGUGUGGGCGUUCGAUACGGGAUUACGAGUUGUUUCUACGUGCGGUUGCGCAGGCGCGGCCGUGGCUGCUAGAUCCCACGGCGCUGAACAUUCCGUGGCGGACAGCAGAUGCCGAGAUUAAAAAGAGGAAAUUGAGAUUCGGACUCAUUCGCAGCACGCCUUCGCGCUCUUUGCACCCGCCAAUUGCGCGCGCGUUGCACUCUGCGGCGAUGACUUUAAAAGCUGCUGGUCACACAAUGGUCCUGCUUGACGACAGGAUUGGGGAUAUGUACGCCGAUGUCGAGCUAGCGUGGAAAUACUUUAUGCUUGAUCCUUCAGGUGCACCGUUUCAGCAUAUCCAAGCGAGUGGCGAGGAUCCGAUCCCAAGUUUGAAGAUCAGCGGCUGGCCCGAGCUGAAGGAAUGGAAGCCGAGUCUGGACGCCUUGUGGGAGAUGAACAUACAGAGGGCGGGCGUGUUGAAGAAGUAUCAUAAUUUGGUGACUGGAGAGCAGUUGGAUGCCAUCUUGAUGCCAGCAUAUCAGGCGGUAGCGCCGAAGCACGACACAUAUGGAUUGCCGAUAUACACUGCAUUGGUGAAUCUGUUGGAUUAUCCUGCGGGUAUACUGCCGCACGGGAAAGCGAACAAAGCAGCCGAUGCAGCGUUCCUGGGGGACAAAGUUACGUAUGAACCGACCUAUGAUCCCGAAGCAGCUGAGGGCAUGCCAUCACACAUCCAAAUUGUCGGCAAACCGCUCAUGGACGAGGAACUGCUUGAGAUCAUGAAGACCAUCGAAGCGGUGUUGAAAGAUAGUUCUUAA